AAACAGGUACAUUCAACAAGCAACCGAUCGAACAAUGAGAAUCUCGCUUGAGUCAUAUGCAUAAUAUUCCCUUUAUAAUAAAGUCUCUCUCCGCUCCGCUUUCCUGACUCUGAUGCGCAGAGAUUCAACUGCCAGCACUGCUACACUCCCUCCGUUGGAAUACCUUCAUGCCAGUCCAAUCAGAGGUCAACUAGAGCCUUCAGAUGAGGCUACAAAAAAAACCGGAUGGCGUUUUCUCCAGUGCACAGACACUCCAAAUGAGCUCAAGGUGCUUUUACCUCCCCGCACCGCUCAGCUAUACGCUCGCCUGCUCAAAGCAGAGAAAUCUGAGCUCGCUAAAAAGCUCGAUGCAUCUUGGGACCGUAUCCUUGAAAUACGGCACCUCAAGGAUAGGAUGAUUAGAAAGUGCCAGAGGCUAGCUCAUUCUUAUUCCGCCAGCAAGCCUUCUGCGAAGGUUCCCUUCUUGUCCAUCCAUGCGCCACUAGAUUUCAGAUUAAAAGAGAUGGAGAAGUGGAUUCGCCUCCACGGUGAGCCUGAUGAAUCUAAGAAGGUUCCCGUGGGCGACUCCAUCCGCCCACGCAAUUCAUUCUGCUGUGAUCGCUGCACAAAUAUGGUUCCUCAUCAACACACCAUAUCUCGUCGUCCAUCCACCCAGUCUACCCAUUCCCGUCGCUCAGCAGCACACUCUGAUCAUUCCACAUCAAAAGCUCUCCCGACAUCUCCCCGACGUGCUCGCUCCUCCAAGGCGAGUUCUAUACAAAGCGAUCACAAACCUUCUCCCGUUGCGAGCUCCAUCAUCCUAAAUGAGAGUCAUUCGCACCAUCAAAGUCAGUCAUACGAAAGCAGGGUCCACGAAAGUAUACAUCAGGAGGCCAUGGAUACCCAAGUACACGCGACUUUCACCGCACAUGAGAAUAGGUUCGAUGAUCAUAGUAGCACUCAGGAGAGCAGAGUUCGAGACAUCAGCAAUAUCCGCACGCGACAACACAAGCACUCCAGGAGUAUGUCAUAUGAUGCACGAAGAUUUGCUGAGACUGGUCUCCAUGAAAUCACGCGCGCUAUGCACGUCAUUCCUGAAGCAUCAGAAGUCGGUACCGAUCCCAGCAAUUGCUCAGCAGCAAUGUCGGCCAGCAAACUAUCGAUCGUUUCGCCCGAACCAUUGCCUCAUCCGUACCAUGGUUCCACUUCAGCAGUUUUCUUGAACAUGGUCGAGAGUCCCGUAGCUGCUCCUCGGGUGCAGAGCAUUGAGCCUGGCUAUGUUCACCUCGCAGAAGAUGAGGGCGUAAGCACACCUCCUUCCGAAGACGAACCUACCAGCGACUCCCCUCCUCAACCAAAUACGCUUCGCAGACGCAGUAGCCUCAAACGCAGCAACAAUGACUUGCGCCUGAGUAUGGCGUUCUCCGCUAAGACCGUAUCUUGGGCGAUGGACCGCGACUGGGCUGAUCAGGUUUCGAAGUAUAACGCUGCGGCGGGUGAAAUCGAGCAUGCUGACCGAGAAUGGGAUGCCAUUUGUGCGACGUAUCAUGAAGAACUUGCUGGCAUGAAGACUCUACGUCGAAAUGUCACGCAGACCCUGACCAGGUUGCGCUUGGAGGCUGAAAAGCUACAACGCGAGGACGAGGUGAUCAGGGAUCAAGAGGAUAAACUGCGAGCAGGAUAUAAGCAGCUCGAGCAGAAGCAUGGACAGUAUCGAGAAAAGGUUAAAGCCGUUCUAGAAGAGACCGAACAAGUUCUUACAUUGUGUGGCACCAAACGAGAUUCUUGA